AUGGCUUCAAGCUCUAACACAGCCUCUGCAUCAACAUCAGCUCGUCAGUGUAAGUAUGAUGUGUUUUUGAGUUUCAGGGGUCCUGACACUGGCAAGAGUAUCACAUCCGAAAUAUACGAUCGACUGCAGAAGAGAGGAAUUAAAACAUUCAUGGCUGAUCAAGAUCUCGAGGUAGGGGAUGCUAUAUCUCCCGGUCUCCUAACAGCAAUUGAAGAAUCAAGGUUUGCAAUUGUGGUUCUCUCGCCAAACUAUGCUUUUUCCACUUGGUGUUUGGAGGAACUCACAAAGAUUUGUCAAUGCAUGGAAGACAACAACAGAAUUCUUCCACUUUUUUAUACUGUCGAUCCUGCUGAUGUGAGACAUCAGAACACGACCUUUAAAGUUGCUUUCACUAAGCAUGAAAGCUCUGGCAGACACAAACCAGAGAAGUUGCAGCAAUGGAGAGAUGCUUCAGGCAAGGUCGCCUCUUUUUCUGGGUGGAAUAGAGACAAUUAUAAGAAUGACAGAGAACUUGUUAAUGCCAUUGUGGACGUUGUCUGCACUAAAGUACUACCUACUGCAAUUGAGUCCACCGGGGAUUUCACAGUAUUUGAAGCAACAAGACAAGCCAUGGAUCAGCUUAUGCGGGCAUUAAAUGAUAACAACGUCACUACCGUUGGGGUUUACGGCAUGGGGGGCGUUGGAAAGACAACCCUUGUGAAACAUGUCGGUCAAGAAGCUCGGAAGCUCGGCCUUUUUGAUCAUGUGAUUAUGGUUAGAGUUAAUCAAACCCAUGAUUUGAAAAAUAUUCAAGGCAAAUUGGCAGAAGGGCUAGGCAUCAAAUUGAUGGACGAGUCAGUUGAGGUAAGAGCUUCUAGAUUGUCUUCGGCGAUAAUGAGAAGUAUGUCAAGAAACAAAAUCCUUAUAAUCUUGGACAACGUUUGGGGUCUAUUAGAUCUGCCAAGAAUAGGAAUUCCCACCUUCAACAUUCUUCAGAGUUGCAGCUCCAAAGUAUUACUUACCACAAGGAGACGGAAUGUUUGUCAUGUCAUGAGGAGCCAAGAAGAUAUCACCCUCAAUAGCCUAUCGAAGGAAGAUUCAUGGACAUUGUUUGUGAAAUAUGCAAGAAUGUCUUUUGAAUCGACCGAUUUCGAGGAUGUUGCAAGGAAGGUAGCUCGAGAAUGUGGUGGUCUACCAAUUGCAUUGGUAGCAGUUGCAAGGGCACUUGGAGAUAAAGACCUGGCAGAAUGGGAACUCGCGGCUCAACGGCUAGAGAAGUCGCAAGCUGCCAACCGUGACGAUGAAGGAGAUGCAUUCAAAUGCAUAAAAUUAAGCUAUGAUUUCUUGAAAGAUGAGGACUCCAAGGCGUGCUUGUUGCUUUGUUGCCUAUUCCCAGAAGAUUAUGACAUCCAAAUAGAAGACUUGUUCAAGUAUGGGAUCGGGAAAGGAUUGUUUAAAAAUGCCAAAAUCCAAGAGGCCAGAGGAGAAGCUGGUUCAGUGGCCAAGUACCUUACAGAUUCCAGCUUGCUUUUGGAUAGUGAAAUUAAUGGAUGUGUUAAGAUGCAUGAUGUCAUCCGGGAUACAGCCAUUCAAAUUGCACAAUCUGAAGAUGAGGACGGAUUUUUGGUAAGAGCUGGCUGUGAUUUGAAGAUUUGGCCAUGUCGAUUGGGUGAAGGCCACACUACAAUUUCACUCAUGAAGAACGACAUUCGCGAGCUACCUGAAGAGCUGGUAUGUCCGAAACUCCAAAUUUUAUUGCUACAAGAGAAUGAUGAUUUAGAUCAUAUCCCUGAUACGUUUUUCGAAAAUACUAGUUUGCUAAGAGUCGUAGAUCUUAGUUACACUAGUAUAUCAUCCCUAUCCAAUUCAUUUAUUCACCUGAGAAAUCUCCGAAGUUUGUAUCUAGAUUCUUGCCAGAAUAUAUCUGACAUUUCCAUACUGAAAAAUUUGAAGGAGCUUGAGAUUCUCAGUAUGAAAGAAUACCCUCUAAAGGAAUUGUCAACAGAAAUAAGAAAUUUGACCAAGUUAAGGGUGUUGGAUGUUAGUGGCCAGGGUUCAGUGGGUGGUAUCGUCAGAAUUCCAUCUGGGGUGAUAUCAAAAUUGCGUAAAUUAGAAGAACUGUGCUUGCACUGUGGAUUUUGGGACUGGGGGAGUACAACUGGAUCUUGGGACUGGUGGAGUACAACUAAUGUUAGCUUUGAUGAGGUAACUGAGUUAUCACAUUUGAACAGUUUGAAAGUUUGCAUAUCUCAUGCGAAUUGCAUCCCUAGAAUGGUUUGGGUCAAUCUGAGUUGGACUUGCUUUGAUAUAUGUAUUGGUAGAGACAGGAACACCAGAAAUAUUAUCAGAGACCGGCGUCGAUUCAGGCUAGAUGAUCAUAAAUAUUCGAGAUCUUUGAUUCUUGAUACAACCAUUACCAUGUUACCAGCUUGGUUUGUCAGCGUGGUGACAGAGAAUACAGAGAGGCUAAUGUAUGUAAAUUUCACAGGGUUAAAUAACAUUCUCGUGGAAUAUCACCAUGGGAUGUUACAUAGUCUGAAGCAUCUCUCAGUUAUUGGUCCCAAUGAGAGCUUGGUAACAUUGAUCAAUUUGGAGGCAAUACCAAGUAUGCGAAAUAAACCUGUGUUCGAGAAAUUGGAAGAAUUGCAUCUGGAGAGUAUGGGUUCCCUGAAGGAGUUAUGUUCUAGUGAAUUACCAUCUAGGUCUCUCUGGAAUCUGAAGGUAUUGCAGGUACGUGAUUGUCCUAACUUGGGGAAUGUUCUGUUACCAUCAAAAGUGUUUCAGAGAAUGGAAAAUCUGGAGAACCUAUUUUGUAAGUGUAUGCCUGGAAUGGAAUAUGUUUUUGGUUGUGAAGGAUUUGAGCUAGAACAAUCAAAACUGGGAGAGAUGGAGUUGUUGGAGCUAGAUGCAGUAAAGAGCAUAUGUAAUGGUCCUGCUCCACCUGCAAUGUUCCAAGCACUUCACAGUUUGUUCAUUGACCGUUGCAACUUUCUAGGAGGUCUCUUCACAUUUGAUGUAGCUCAAUGUCUUUUUCAAGUGGAAAUCAUUUCAGUAGAGAAUUGCCCUAACUUGGAAAGAGUAAUCGAAGCAAGCAAGGAAUCAGAGCACAGUAAGAAGACCGUUCUUCCAAAAUUGAAGUCCUUAGUCUUGCGGAAUCUUCCUAUGUUGUACAGUGGUAGUGCUGCUAUUGAUAUGGAGUGUCCUUCAUUGCAACACUUGUACGUGAAAGGGUGCCCCCAUUUUUCAGCCUCUGCAUAUGACUUCGGGAGCAAUAACAAAGUCAUACUCAACAAUCUACAGCAUCGCGUUACUCAGGAAAUCGAAAGAUCGCCAUUGAACCGACUAUAUGAGAGCCCAUAUUACAAGGCCGGGAAAAGGAUCGGUAGAUUUAUGCAGAAUCAAUUGGGGCAGGAUUGGGCUGAAGUGCAAAAGGCAUUGGAAUUCAAGUUGAAAACUCAAACCAAUCAAACCAUCAUGGAGAAGCUCCGGGCCUUAUUUGGGGAGAAGUUACCUAGAUCGACAACGGAGGCGAUACAUGAACUUAUAAAUAAGUUAGGUGAGUUGGGUUUGGAGAACGGCCAAUUGGGAUAUCCAGGGCCGGUCCUGAGAUUCUAA